AGAUGAUGACAUCGGGAAACGAGCACAAAUGAUGUUAAAUUUUUGGAAAGACUGUAGUAAGUCGGACGUGUGGAAUGACGUUUAUCAAGCAAUAGAGGACUUAGAUUACGACAAAUUAAUUCAAGAACUCGAAAGAUUUUUUUGA